AUGGAAACCACUAUCAAUAGCGCCGACCGACUAGAACGACUCCUCCAACAGGAUGGAUUCAAAACCUGGGGUUUCUUUAUAACUCGAUUUCUCUACCCUGUUACUGAAUUUUUGAAGUACUAUAAUGGUCUGGAUCUCUUGGACAGCUUCGCCUCUACAAAGUAUUUCCAAGAAUGGGCUGCGACGGUGCCACAAGAGGAGCAGGGCAUUGACCACUCUCACUUCCCAGAUUCAUGUCGGUAUCGGUUCUUCAUUAUGGUGGACCAGGAAGCUUUAGAGUCGGUCCUGAGUGUAUCUAAACCGUAUUACCCUUCUACAACGGGAUUCGUACGUCUAGUCAAUGGGGUUUGGAAGCCGGAGGAACUGGAUAAAGAUGAAUUGGAGGUGCGUGGAUUAUCUGACCCGUCUGAACUUGAAGAGUUUGAGCCUCCGGAGGAAUAUAGAUUAGAGGAUAUCAGCUGGAUGAAGGUACCUUUUCAAGACGCAGAGCUGCCGGCGUUUCUAAAAUUCUGUGACAACCUACGGUGGUCAAGGUAUUUCCGACAUCCUCCACUUAUUCCGGAGUGGAUCUGA